AUGGCCGCAAACAAUAUGUCUUUUUCUGAUGCAAAAAGCUCAGUUGAGCAUUCGUAUGCCAAUGUGACUACUAAUAAUAGGUAUGAAAUAUUAGACUCAGCCUUAGCUGAAAAUUUUCCUGCUCUACCUCAACGUAAUCAAAACAUAAGAAAUUCCUCUCAGCCUUCCCAAAGGUAUCACCAAAUGUACCCUCUCCCCACUCUAGGAUUCAACAAAAAAAGAAAAGUUCAAUCUUCUCCAGUAAACAACGCAGCACCCAUGUUCUCCUUUAAUGUAGGCCCUUCAACAUCUAUCCUUUCUAGUCAAAGUUAUCAAUCAAAUGUAUCCGACAAAGAUGAGAUCAUUGAGAAGCUAUCAACGCUUCUAUAUCAAUUAAUAAACAGUGCUCAGAAUUUUGAUGAACCGAAAAAGCUAAGAUACAACAUAGUGAGGAAGGACCGUGAGGAUGGUAGAGCAGGGGUGGCAAUUGUGAUAAAACGGGGUCUUCCCUAUCAAGAAAUCGAUCUUCGUAUUGCUAACCCAAAUAUAAUGGUAUGUGGUUUGAGUAUCACCAAACAUAACCUUGACUUAUCUAUUUUUUCAAUUUACACACCACCUAAUAUUCGAUCCAGUUCUUCCGAUUGGGAAGAAAUUAUUUCAUAUUCUCGCUCUUCCACUCUCCUUGGAGGAGAUCUCAAUGCCCACUCCCAGUCAUGGAGCUCUGACUAUGACGACAUAACAAGGAGGCAAAUUUUAGAAUUUUGCGAUUCAUCUAACCUGGAGAUAAUGAAUGAUGGUACACCUACAAGAUUUGUCGCUCCUAACAUUCGAAAAUCUGCUCCUGACAUCACCAUUUGCAGCCCCGAUAUUGCCCAGUUGACAUCAUGGAAAGUAUGCGAUGAUACACUUGGUUCAGACCAUUUCCCUAUAACCCUGGAUAUAACUUUCCCUCAUCACCUAAACGAAACAAUUAACCCUAAUCACGGUAACAAUUCUCAUAUCAAUAAAACCAUUCUCUUGUCCAUAUGCAAUAGUCCCAAUGAUUAUAAACAUAUCUUCACGGAUGCUUCUAAGUCUAGUUCUGGUUCAGGUUGUGGUUUCUACGUUGUUGAUGAUGAUUUUUCUGCAAAGUUUAAACUACCAUAUUUGUUCUCCAUAUUCUCUGCCGAAGCUAUGGCUAUCAUUCAAGCAUUACAGUAUAUCCAAUUUAAUAACAUCCAGAAAGCUGUAAUAUUUUCCGAUUCACAAUCUUGUAGCCUUAGGAAACAUCAAUAA